CAUUGGGAUUUUUCUCAUGGUGAUCAAAUUCAAAUCUCAAUCGUUUCUUUCUGUUUUUGUGUAAAGGAAAUUAGAAUUUAUGAAGUAAUUAUUCCGAUUUCCGAAUUGAAGUGUUACGAAAAGUAAUAUUGUUCAUGUGUUUAUUGCUGUGAAGUUUUUCGUGGAGAAGUGAACGACGUAUUGAUCAAUAAAACUCGUUAAAAUGGUGGUGGAUACGCGAACUCCUCGUAUAGUUUUCAACGAAGAAGAUCUUCCUUACGAGGAAGAAAUCCUUCGUAAUCCGUACACGGUGAAGCCAUGGAUGCGUUAUAUCGAUCACAAAAGAGACGCUCCGAAAAAUCAAGUGAAUGUGAUUUACGAAAGAGCCCUGAAAGAGUUACCCGGCAGUUAUAAAUUAUGGUAUAAUUAUCUGCGAGUACGUAGAAAACAAGUACGAGCUAAAUGCAUCACAGAUCCGGCGUACGAAGAUGCUAAUAAUGCAUUCGAAAGAGCGUUGGUGUUCAUGCACAAAAUGCCCAGAAUAUGGAUAGAUUACUGCAACUUUAUGUUACUCCAACAAAAAAUCACCAGAACCCGGCGUGUAUUCGACAGAGCCCUGCGAGCGUUACCGAUCACCCAACAUAACCGUAUAUGGCCGUUAUAUAUUAAAUUCGUUCGAAAUUAUAACAUUCCGGAAACAGCCAUACGAGCGUACCGAAGGUUUCUCAAAUAUUCGCCCGAAGAUGCCGAAGAUUACAUCGAGUACUUGAUCUCUAUCGAUAGACUUGACGAAGCAGCUGUCAAACUGGCCGAAAUCGUCAACAGAGAGCAUUUCGUCUCGAAGCAUGGUAAAUCGAAUCAUCAGUUGUGGAACGAGCUAUGCGAGCUGAUUUCGAAAAAUCCUCACAAAGUGAGAUCGUUGAAAGUGGACGCUAUUAUUCGUGGUGGUAUUAGAAGAUAUACGGAUCAGUUAGGUCACUUAUGGAAUUCAUUAGCUGAUUAUUAUGUUAGAAGCGGGUUGUUCGAGAGGGCGAGAGAUAUUUACGAAGAAGCUAUUCAGACUGUUACCACUGUUAGAGAUUUUACUCAGAUAUUCGACGCGUAUUCGCAGUUCGAAGAAAUUAGUUUAGCGAAACGACUCGAAGAACUGAGUGAAGAUAUGACUCCAGAAGAGGAGACUGAAGUCGAAUUGAAAAUGGCCCGCUUAUCUGAUAUCAUGGAACGCCGUAUGUUACUUUUGAACUCUGUGCUUCUCAGACAAAAUCCUCACAAUGUGCAAGAAUGGCAUAAACGAGUACAAUUAUACGAAGGUCAUCCGCACGAAAUUAUUAAAACGUACACGGAGGCAGUUCAAACAGUCGAACCGAAACUAGCGGUUGGUAAAUUGCACACGUUGUGGGUAGAAUUCGCGAAAUUCUACGAGAGUAAUAAGCAGUUCAAAGAAGCAGCUGUAGUCUUCCAAAAAGCCGUUGAAGUUCCGUACCAGAAAGUCGACGAUUUGGCUUCCGUUUGGUGCGAAUGGGCCGAAAUGGAGAUCCGAAGAGAACGAUACGACGCUGCGUUGAAGUUACUCCAAAAAGCCACCGUAUUACCGUCUAGAAAAGUGGCGUAUCAUGAUGAAAAGGAACCUGUGCAAGCUAGGGUUCAUAAAUCGUUGAAACUUUGGUCUAUGUAUGCCGAUUUGGAAGAAAGUGUUGGUACUUUCAAGUCUUGUAAAGCGGUCUACGAUCGAAUAAUCGAUUUGAAAAUAGCUAAUCCUCAGUUAAUAAUUAAUUACGGUCUGUUCCUGGAAGAGAACAAAUAUUUUGAAGAAGCAUUUAGAGCUUACGAAAAGGGAAUCUCUUUAUUCAAGUGGCCCAAUGUGUUUGAUAUUUGGAAUACGUAUUUGUCGAAAUUUCUCAACAGAUAUGGAGGAAAACAGCUGGAUCGAGCUAGAGAUUUAUUUAUCCAGUGUUUGGAACAUUGUCCUCCAAAAUUUGCCAAAAAUUUUUAUCUAUUGUACGCUGAUAUGGAAGAAAAAUACGGAUUAGCUCGACAUUCGAUGGAAGUUUACAGACGUGCUACUCAAGCAGUAUUACCAGAAGAGAAACUCGAGAUGUACGGUAUCUAUAUCAAGAAAGCUCAUACAAUGUACGGUAUCGAUAAAGUACGCCAAAUAUACGAAGAAGCUAUCGAAAAUCUAGACGUGGAAGGAUCGAAAAUAAUGCACUUGAAAUUCUCCGAAUUGGAAACAAAACUAGGUGAAAUCGAUCGAGCCAGAGCGAUUUACGCGCAUUGUAGCGAAAUGUGUGAUCCUAGGGUAACUGCUGACUUUUGGGAAACGUGGACUAAUUUCGAAGUGCAACAUGGCAGCGAAGAUACGCUUAAAGAGAUGCUUAGAAUUAAACGCAGCGUACAAGCUUCGUACAAUACUCAAGUCAACAUGAUGUCCGCCCAGAUGUUGGCAGCUGCCGCAAACGCUUCUGGUACCGUUUCCGAUCUGGCUCCUGGCGCUAAAGAUGGUAUGCGAAUGUUGGAGGCAAAGGCAGCCGAAAUGUCAGCCGCAGCUGGUGAAAUAAUUGCUGCCGAAAAUCGUGGUCCUCGAGUAGAAAUAUCGUUUGUACGCGGAGAAACGACCGGUGGCGAUAAGAACAACGAUGGACCGAAUGUUGCCAAUCCGGACGAGAUAAAUAUUGAUGAAGAUGAUGACGACGACGACGAUGCAUAAGAAGUUACAUCAAAUAUUUUCCUGUUCAAAGAAAACUGUGCCUGUGCAAUACAGCUGUUCCUACGGUAUCUCUGUUUCAAGUGCCUACUCGUGAAUAGUAAUUUAUUUAACUUGGCCGGUGGUAUUUCAAAAGGUACACCUGUUUGAAACGGUGUCAAGGUUAGUGGCUGUUUUAAUUUUACAUAGAUGUAAGAUUAUCGAAGUAAACCUAGGGUGUUAUUUUGUAAUACUGGAGAAUAUUCGUGCAAUUUUUCCCGUUUCGUCAUGACCCAAGAGUAAAUUGAAACAGAUUAAAUGUAACAAUUUUGCAUUUUAAAAAAAUGCAGAUUCACAAUAUUUUUGUUUAAUGUGAAAAGUUCAGCUAAAAAAACCCAAUCGAAUCUGCCCUAAAUGAUUAUCUAAAUAAAAUUCGUAAAAUUCUAUCUGUUCUCAAACAAACAAAGUCUAUUCUCUCAUCUGACAGAUUACUGUUUCGUCUCCACCCAAUAAGUCGUAGUAUGUAUGUACAUGUACUAUGUACCUUGAUACCAUUGCAGUACCUUGGUAUACUUGGAAUUUUAGCAUUGGGAGCUGCGCUGUAGCAGUUUUUCCACCACAGAGACUUUUUUAGUGAUCUAAUGCGAAUACACCUGUUGUGGUCCACUCUUAGAUCCAAAAUUAAAAACGAAUCAAACGAACGAAGAAAAAUAACGAAGUAAAAGUUUUAACAAAUAUCUCAAAAAUACGAACUAAAUGCUACAAAAAUGUAAUGUGCGAGGGCACCGAAUCUUCAACGAACUUGUAUAUCAUGUCUUCAGAUUCAUUUUACUGUUUUAAUUUAGCACAAUCGAAUAUUAAUUUAUUGAAUUUUCAGAAUUAUCAUGAAUUUCCCAUACUUAAUUUCAGCGUUCCCUGAAAGACUAAGCAUUACAAAUUUUUCCCUCUAUAGGCCACAUGGUGUACUGAAAGUAGUAAUUUCCCUCGAAUUCGGAUGUAGCUCAACUUGGUGAUAAGCCAUUUAUGUAAGUCAACUUUCAGUAAUUUACUUUAAAACACUCCAUAUUAAUGUUGAAAAAAAUGAAAUAUAAUUUUUAUACUUACCAA